AGCAGCAGCGGGAGGAGGAGGAGCAGCAGCAGCAGCAGCAGGAGCUGGAUGUGGAGGUGGCAGCAAUGGAGCCCAUGUCACGCAACUUGAUGCAAACGGAGGCCAAUGAGGUCUCCUCCGCCUCCGCGUCCGCCUCCGCCCAGGAUGAUGAGACGGCCAGCGAGAGCAGCGCAGCAGCCGCCGCCAAUCGUCGACGGAGCCGCACGAAUUUCAACGCCUGGCAGCUGGAGGAGCUGGAACGGGCCUUUCUCAGCAGCCACUAUCCGGACGUGUUUAUGCGCGAGGCGCUGGCCAUGCGGCUGGAUCUGAAGGAGGGACGCAUAGCGGUGUGGUUCCAGAACCGGCGCGCCAAGUGGCGCAAGAAGGAGCACACGAAGAAGGGUCCUGGACGGCCGGCGCACAAUGCCCAGCCGCAGAGCUGCAGCGGUGCGCCGAUUCCACUGCAGGAGCUGCGCGCCAGGGAGCGGGCGCAACGCAGCAAGCGCAUAGCCAAGGCGAUCGAGCGGCAGGCGCGCAAGCUGCGCCUCAAGGGGCUCGAGGUGAACCUGGAGCAGCUGCGCGCCGACUAUCUGGCGGCGCACCAGCAGGAGUCCAGCGACAUGGAGCUGCAGCAGGAGCUGGAGCGAGGCGAGCAGCUGGACGAUGAGCUGGCCAUCGAUGUGGUGGGCGGCGACAGCUCGGACAACUGCAACCAAAGAGGCUGCCCGGACGACAGCUGCGACAGCAGCCCUGUGAUAAAACUGGAGCCACUGGAGCCGCCGAUACCACUGGAGCCACCGAGUCUGACGGCGCUGCCCGAGCAGCCGCCGCUGCAGAAGCCGAAGCAGCAGAGGCCGCAGUACAACUCAUCCUUCAGCAUCGAGUCGCUGCUGGGCACAUAGCGCCCAUCCCAGCCUAGCCCAGCCCAGUCCAGCUAAU